AAGAGUGGCCACCCUGCGGGCCACAGCAAGACAGUCCCCGGGCUCCAGGUUAGUGCUUCUCCCACAAUGGAGUGGUGGGCGCUGCAGGUGCUGGUGGCCUUGGCUCUCGGAAUGGACUUCCGGCGCUGUUCAGGUUUCCCGGUGUAUGAUUAUGACCCUUCCUCCCUGCGGGAAGCGCUCCGGGCCUCGGUGGAAAAAGUGAAUUCUCAGUCGCUGAGUCCUUACCUGUUCCGGGCCUACCAGAGCUCCUUACAAAGAGUCAAUGUCCUGGAUGAAGACACCUUGAUCAUGAGCCUAGAGUUCAAUGUUCGAGAAACUACGUGUUUGAGAGAUUCUGGAAAAGAGCCCUCCACCUGUGUAUUCCAAAGGGGCUAUUAUGUGCCAACAGCUGCUUGCAGGAGCACCGUGCAGAUGGCCGCAGAGCAGGUGCAGGACGUGUGGGCUCUCUGCCGCUGGUCUUCCACAUCCGAGUCUAACAGCAGUGAAGAGAUGAUUUUUGGGGAUAUAAGAAGAUCUUAUAGACGGAGAAACAAUGAUCUGCUUGGUCAUAUUCCUGAUGAAUUCACAAGUGAACAAUUUUAUGGCCGGUCACUUGAGAUCAUGAGAAGGGGGUUUCCUCCUGCAAAUAGAAGGUUCCUGAACCGCCAGCACAGAGCAAGAAUAAAUUCUGGCUUUGAGUGACAUCCUGG